AUGGCUGAUUACCACAGGCUUGAUAGGAUCGUGUUGGGGAAGUAUCUUCAGCCGUCGCUGGCAGAUGGUUUCGUCGCGUUGACUGCUGUUUGGGGUUGGUCUGGAAGUGGCAGCUCUGUCGACUGCGUCACAGUUUGUAUCGCACGUCCGGUUGACUGGAGGGAUGAGCUUUUGAGCAGUGGAGGUGGCAGUUUCUUGUUUGUAAUUGCUCCUCUAUUCGACAUCAACAAAUACCGACUAGUACGGAGUGUAAACGGCGAUAAAUUGACGAAUGAAAUUUAUUGGUCACGGAUGCCGCAGUACCGUCAACAAGUCGUUUGGGACAAGAAUAGAGGGCAGUCAACAUGGCACGAAUAA